UCGGUGGUGGCUGCACACGUCCCUCUUGCUCGCUCGGCCGCUUUAUAAAGGGGCGCGCAUCCCUUUGUCCUGCAGAGUCCGGUUCUUGCUUCAACAGUGUUUGAACGGAGCCGGUUCCACCUCUCUCUCUCUUUUUCCCGCCUUGGAUCACCUCUUCACUCAUCCCUUGAGCUGAAACAGACGAGGGAGCGACUGACUGCUAGCCGAUCCUCCAGCUCCAGCAGGAUCCCCUUGGGCCGGACGCCGCUGCUUGUUGCCCGACUGCCUCUCCAUCUGCGCCUUCCAGCCCUCCGGAGAAAUGGAGUCCCAGAUCCGUCAGAACUACCACCGCGACUGCGAAGCUGCCAUCAAUCGCAUGGUCAACAUGGAGCUGUACGCCAGCUACGUCUAUCUCUCCAUGGCUUCCUAUUUUGACCGGGAUGAUGUUGCCUUUGCAAAUGUCUCCAGCUUCUUUCGGUCACAGUCGCAUGAGGAGCGGGAGCAUGCCGAAAAGCUGCUGAAGUUCCAGAGCCAGCGUGGCGGCCGGGUCCUCCUGCAAGAUAUCAAGAAGCCUGAGAAAGAUUCCUGGGGGACAACCUUGAAUGCCAUGGAAGCAGCUCUCCAGUUGGAGAAGAGCGUCAACCAGGCCCUUCUGGACCUUCACCGCUUGGCGAGUGAUCAAGGAGACCCACAUCUGUGUGACUUCUUGGAAUCGCAUUACCUCGAUGAGCAAGUCAAAGCCAUCAAAGUCCUGGGCGACUACAUUACCAAUCUCCGGCGCUUGAGUGUACCCCAGGGGGGGCUUGGGGAGUAUCUCUUUGACAAGCACACCCUAGGAGAGAGCAGCAGCUGAUUUCACCUUCUCCCCAAUUCCUGGGAGUCAUUUCCCGUGAACCCACAAAAACCGGCCCACUUCCAUCGCUUUUGCUGUGCCCCAGUCAAGGAGGGCUCGUACCUGCCAUCUCUGUUGGCAUGCUUCCAAUAAACAAGGGUUCACCUGUUUUA